CACCUGGUUUGUUAGCGCACACUUCUCAACAGCCUACUUGGGAUGAAUGCGUGGCUAUUUUGGUGCAUCAUUACAUCCCGAAGGAUGAGGUACCAUUCCUCUUGCAUGUCGAACCUUCCAAGUCGAGGAUAUGUGGUGGCUGGGUUCAAGCUCUACCUCAUGUCAGUCAGAACCACGAGGAUUUUGAGCACAUCGUCUGGCCAGCAGUCCGUGCGCUCACCAAGUCUAUGAUGGUAAAUAGUACGAGAGAACAACAAGAGUACCUCGACACGUACGGUACUGCUCUUAAGGGUAUUCGAGCGGUACUGGACAGACCUACGGAACCAGUCGGGUCCACUGUUGCGAUUGCGGGCAUGUGUUUGGCGCUGUCAGAGGUCUUGGUGCCCACAAGUAACAGUGGCUACAAGACCCACUUACGUGGUGUUACUGCGAUGAUGCAGAGCCGCGGUCCCACUGCCUUCAAUAGAGGUGUUGCUCAUCUCAUGUUUGUUGGAGUUCGACCUCUUAUGGUCCUUGAUGCGAUUCUCAGGCGUAAGAAAACGUUUUUGACGGACGAAGUAUGGCAAACUGCACCGUUUUCCAUACACCCUGCAUCGAGUAUGCAAGUUCUACUUGGACAUGCAGCCACGAUUCCCAGUCUACUCGAGGCCAUGGAAGAAGGACGCACCAAUCUGCAGGACUCCAGAACUGGCUUUCUUGAAACACUUGCAAGACUUCAAGAUUGGGAGGACGACUUUGCGAGAGACGGGACUUCAUUUCAACAGAUCAAUCCAGCUGAAUUGGAUCUGGCGACGGGUCAAGAGCGUUUGCCCAACCCGUGCUUCCACUUUGUGGACGUGUCUCAUGCCAAUUCUCUCACUCAUUGUUGGGCGCUUCGCAUCGUGUGCCUACUACAGCUCUCGAAACUAGAAGCACUGUUAGUCGCAAGCGAGACCGUUGUAUGCUCGCCGCUGGAAAAGCGUUGUAGAGACGUGAAGAUACUCGCCACUAAAAUCUGUCGGGGACUACCGUAUCUUCUACAGACAGAGAUGCGAUUAUACGGUUCAAUGUCAGCUGGGUUUCCGCUUCACAUAGUAUCAGAGAGCGUACUGAACCUGCAGUUGAUAGACUGUUACCUCAACAGCUGGUGUACAGCAAUCAAAGACCAGCUACAAUCACAACGAAUCGCACUGUACGAAGAGAUGACGGAAUCCAGGACGUUCAAUUGAGAGCGGGGACCUUCCUAGUCAUACCUAAUUCUUACAUAGGUACCAUCUUUUAGUUAAUUACAAUGUUGGACAACAAGC